AUGUCCUACUACGAUGUCGACGCAAUCCUCACCGACGCCCAGAAGGUCCCUUGCACGUUCGAGCUGACCGUGCCCGGACUGGGCUACCUUGAGGGCAACAUGACCGGCGACAUGAAGAAGGGCUCAAAGAUCGAACUGCCCCUCUGGCUGGGGGAAAUGCUGGCAUUGAGCCAAAGUCUGAAUACUGAGUCCCUGGUAACUCUGGACCCACCCACCGCGCUGUCGCCCCGUGUUUUGAACGCACUCAAAGCAGAUCCGCGCACCGUUGACUUGAGGGCGCUGGCACCGCAUUUCUACAACCUUGGUGCGCGGAUUCUGGAGUUGUUCGAUGAGGAGGAGAUGAUCGAGGUGCUGUCAGAUACGUACAAGGCACGCGCGGCAGUGAUUGCAGAUCAGGCGCACAAUCCGCGUGGUGCACUGGGCGAAGGGGCUGAUUUUAUGAGGGGAUUGGACGAGAACGAGCGACAGUUAUUCCGCGCAGCACAUGACAGCGCGAAGAGCGUACGAACAUGGAUGGCAGACUUGCAGAAGAAGUGA